AUGACCACCGUCUCACCCAACACUCCCAUCGACCCCGCUACCUUGAAUAAACUAAUGCUCAUCCAAGAAGGCUUUUCCUUCCUAGAUGCCCAAGGCAACUUGGCUUCCGACCUCUCCGCAAUGACCGACACGAUCAUCCUCCAGGUCGACGUCCCAGCUAUCGACGCCGUCACCGAGCCCACAAUGUACUAUGUCGCCCGCGCCGUACACGAGGAGUUCCUCCACCGCAACACCACCAAGCGCUACGACAACCCAGUGAGCUCGCCCACCGAGAACGUCCGCCGCCUCGCCAUCAAAAUUAAUCUGAAGAAGCAGCUGCAUGUGCCGGAUUACUCGCCUACUAAAGUCAUUCAUCUGGCAAGGAAGCAGUUCCUGCGGACGACCUGUCCGCGUGAUGAUGGCCUGUUCGACAAGAUUCCCCUUUCUGUUUGUUUCAAUGAGCAUGCCGUGCAGGGAAGUGCAUUUCCCUGUGGGUGUGACCUUGUUGAGAUGGCAAUUGUUAUUCAGUGGGAGUAG